AUGAAAGCACAAUUAUUAAUAACUCUUCUUGUCAUCGCUAUGAUUCAAUUGAAUUUCGCAAAAAGAUUUACAAGAUGUGAAUUUGUUCAAGAACUUUAUUACAAAGCUGACAUUCCCAGAGAUGAAAUUUAUAAGCAUUUGUGCAUUGCAAUGGUAACAAGUGAAACGGCAAGUACCUAUUUGGACUCUCAUGGAAUUUAUAGAAUAUCAAGUAAAUGGUGGUGUGGAAAAUAUGAACCUUCAGGAAAAUGCGAAAUAGAAUGCGAAAAACUUAUUGAUCAUAACAUCGCUGAUGAUGCUGUUUGUGCUUCUAAAAUUUUGAGUAUUCAAGGCGUCGAAGCUUGGAGUCAAACAGAAGCACAAUGUAAAAAAUUACAGUAUGAAGUAGAAACAUGUUUGGAAGAUUACAAAGAAUCGGAAACUUGGGAUGAUUCUAAUGAAGAUCACGAUCAGAUUUCAAAAGCAGCAAACUUUCAUGGAGCAUUUUUUAUUCUUCCAUUUGUACUACUUUUGUCUUUAAGAAUGAUUUAA